AUGCUGAGAAAUAUCGCCUGCAGGGCCGGAGGUCGCCUCCUCAGCCCUUCGGCUACGCCAGCAUGGCGAGCCGCUUCCGCCCGCCGCGCCAUGGCUCUCGGUGGCCAAAAGACGAGAUACACCACGAGCUCCACGUCUGCUCCCCCGACUCGAGCGAUAACUUCCUUUCCGGAAGCGCUGCGAGCUAUAUCGAUGAGAUGCCUUCACGCCACCCCCAACCUGGUCCCCAGCGCCACCGGCGGUGUCCCCAGCUUGACGCCCGGCACCGCCUCUGGCGGCCAGAACAGCGAGGUGAUGAAGCAUCUCAAGGUUCAGCUCCUGUGCCGCGCCUACCAGGCCCGUGGUCACCACAAGGCCAACGUUGAUCCCCUCGGCAUUCGUAACUCUUCCAAGGGCUUUGGUAAUGUCAAGCCCCGCGAACUGACCCUCGAGUGGUACAACUUCACCGAGAAAGACUUGGAUUCCGAGUUCGAGCUUGGACCUGGUAUCCUUCCCCGUUUCAAGACUCCCGAGCGCCAGAAGAUGACGCUCCGCGAAAUCAUCUCCACCCUCGAGACCAGCUACUCCGGCUCGUAUGGUGUCGAGUUCAUCCACAUUCCCAACCGCACCCGAUGCGACUGGCUUCGCCAGCGUCUCGAGGUUCCCCAACCUUUCAAGUACUCCAUUGACGAGAAGCGCCGCAUCCUCGACCGCUUGAUCUGGAGUUCCAGCUUCGAGUCUUUCCUUGCCAGCAAGUACCCCAACGACAAGCGAUUCGGUCUCGAGGGCUGCGAAACCCUUGUCCCCGGUAUGAAGGCUCUCAUUGACCGCAGCGUCGACUAUGGUGUCAAGGACAUCGUCAUCGGUAUGCCCCAUCGUGGUCGUCUCAAUGUCCUGUCCAACGUCGUUCGCAAGCCCAACGAGUCCAUCUUCAGCGAGUUUGCCGGUACUCAGGACCCCGACGAUGGUUCGGGCGAUGUCAAGUACCAUCUCGGUAUGAACUUCGAGAGGCCUACCCCUUCGGGCAAGCGCGUCCAGCUUUCUCUCGUCGCCAACCCUUCCCAUCUUGAAGCCGAGGACCCCGUUGUGCUUGGAAAGACCCGCGCUAUCCAGCACUACAACAACGAUGAGAAGGACCACAAGACUGCCAUGUCCGUCCUUCUUCACGGUGAUGCCGCCUUCGCUGCCCAGGGUGUCGUCUACGAGUGUCUCGGAUUCCACUCUCUCCCCGCCUUCUCCACCGGUGGUACCAUCCACUUGGUCGUCAACAACCAAAUCGGUUUCACCACCGAUCCCCGUUUCGCCCGAUCCACCGCCUACUGUACCGAUAUUGCCAAGGCCAUCGACGCCCCCGUCUUCCACGUCAACGCCGACGAUGCCGAGGCCGUCACCUUUGUCUGCCAGCUUGCUGCCGACUGGCGUGCCGAGUUCCAACAUGACGUCGUCAUCGACCUCAUCUGCUACCGAAAGCACGGCCACAACGAGACCGACCAGCCUUCCUUCACCCAGCCCCUCAUGUACAAGCGCAUCAAGGACCACGAGCCCCAGAUCGCCAUCUACGUCGACAAGCUCCUCCGCGAGGGUACUUUCACCAAGGAGGACAUUGAGGAGCACAAGAGCUGGGUCUGGAAGAUGUUGCAAGACAGCUUCAACCGAUCCAAAGACUACCAGCCCACCUCCAAGGAAUGGACGACCUCGGCCUGGAACGGCUUCAAGUCUCCCAAGGAGCUUGCCACCGAAGUCUUGCCUCACAACCCCACCGGCGUUGAUGAGCAGACUCUGAAGCACAUUGGUGAGGUCGUCGGUUCUUUCCCUGAUGGCUUCAACGUCCACAACAACCUGAAGCGUAUCCUCAAGAACCGCUCCAAGUCCGUCCUCGAUGGCAGCAAGACCAUUGACUUCCCCACCGCCGAGGCUCUUGCCUUUGGCUCGCUUGUUACCGAAGGCCACCACGUCCGCGUUUCCGGUCAGGAUGUCGAGCGAGGUACCUUCUCCCAGCGUCACGCCGUCUUCCACGACCAGGAGACCGAGGACACCUAUACUCCCCUUCAGAACAUCAGCAAGGACCAGGGCAAGUUUGUCAUCUCCAACUCGUCUCUGAGCGAGUUCGGCGCCCUCGGCUUCGAGUACGGCUACUCCCUGUCGUCGCCCAAUGCUCUCGUGAUGUGGGAGGCCCAGUUCGGUGACUUUGCCAACAACGCUCAGUGCAUCAUUGACCAGUUCAUCGCCUCUGGUGAGGUCAAGUGGAUGCAGCGCACCGGUCUCGUCAUGUCCCUACCUCACGGUUACGACGGACAGGGACCCGAGCACUCGUCCGGACGUAUCGAGCGUUACCUCCAGCUCUGUAACGAAGAUCCCCGCAUCUUCCCCUCGGAGGAGAAGCUCGCCCGCCAGCACCAGGACUGCAACAUGCAGGUCGUCUACAUGACCGAGCCUUCCAACUUGUUCCACGUUCUCCGCCGACAGAUGCACAGGCAGUUCCGCAAGCCCCUUGUCAUCUUCUUCUCCAAGGCUCUCCUGCGUCAUCCUCUUGCCCGCUCCUCUAUUGAUGAGUUCACCGGCGAGACUGGCUUCCGCUGGAUCAUUGAGGACCCCGAGCACAAGACUGGCAACAUCAAGGGUGCUGAGGAGAUUGACCGUGUCAUCCUCUGCACUGGCCAGGUCUACGCCGCGCUCCACAAGUACCGUGCUGACAACAAGAUCGAUAACGUGGCCCUGACCCGUAUCGAGCAGCUCAACCCCUUCCCCUGGCAGCAGCUCAAGGAUAACCUCGACAUGUACCCCAACGCCAAGACCGUCGUCUGGGCCCAGGAAGAGCCUUUGAACGCUGGUGCGUGGAGCUUCACCCAGCCCCGCAUCGAGACCCUCCUCAACCACACCAAGCACCACGACAGGAAACACGUCAUGUACGCCGGCCGUGGCCCCAGCGCUUCGGUCGCCACCGGCAUGAAGGCGGUGCACACCAGCGAGGAGGCCGAGUUCCUCGAAAUGGCCUUCAACGUCAAGCAGGACAAGCUCAAGGGCGAGGCUUAA